UUUCAGUUUCAUUUGACUGUGCCUCCUGCCUUCAGUAAUCCUCGCAUGCACUGGUGAGCUCUUACAGUACAAACUGCUGUAUCUGUAGAUCCCUGCAACACGCUGAAGUUAUGGAAGCCAUGGGGGUAAGCAGCUUAAACAAUGGGAGUAUGAGAAGUAACCAGAAUUUCACCAAUGAAUAUGUCUAUGACGACCUUGAGGAUUUUGGACCAUGCAAGUAUGAGAGACAUGGAGCUCUGUUCCUGCCUGUCUUUUAUUCCCUGCUCAUCGUGUUCGGGGUGACCGGCAAUGGCCUCGUCAUGUGGGUCAUCCUGAUGUCUGUGAAGGUGCUGAGCAUCGUUGACAUUUGCCUCCUGAACCUGGCCGUGGCGGAUCUUCUGCUGCUCAUCACCCUUCCCUUCCUGGCCCAUUACUCAAGAGCGGACUGGGUCUUUGGGUCUGACAUGUGCAAAGUCGUCAUGGGCAGCUACUACAUCGGCUUCAACAGCAGCAUCUUUUUCGUUGUGAUCAUGAGCAUCGACCGGUACCUGGCUGUAGUUCAUGCUGUAAAGUCCCUCAGAACCAUGUCACGCAAAUAUCGAGUCAUCAUGAUCGUCAUAACCUGGGUCAUAGGACUUUUGGCUUCAUUUCCUGAAUUAACGCUCAUUGACGUUCAUCUAGACCAUAACAAAACUUUGUGUGUAGUCGGUUAUGAGAGUGAACCAUUCUGGAGAGCAUUUGGCCUGUUUAAGAUGAAUGUUACCAGCCUUCUGAUUCCAUUUUUCAUCAUGGUCCUUUGCUACUCGAUGAUCCUCAGGAGAAUACUCCUCUGCAAGUCAACAAACAGGAAGACCGUCCGCCUCGUGCUGCUGGUGGUUCUGGUGUUUUUCUGCUGCUGGACCCCAUACAAUGUUGCAUCAUUCUUUGAGGCAUUAGAAGUGCUUGACAUCUACACGUCAUGUAAAUCCAGCAGAGCCAUUCAGUUGAACCUGCAGGUGACGGAGGCUGUAGCCUACUCCCACACCUGCUUAAACCCCAUCAUUUACGUCUUUGUGGGGGAGAAGUUCAGGAGGCACCUGUUUAAACUCAUGAACAGGAUGCCCUGCAUGAAAAAUAAAUUCUUGAUUUCCACUGCCGCAUCACAGUGGUCCCAGAGAAGCAGAGUUGAACGAUCCAGUAUAAUUACGAAUGUCACUUCUUUUUAAAUAUCAUAUCCAUGCAAUAUCAUAGAAAUAUAUAUUUUUUUAAAUUACUUUGGUCUAUAAUGAAAAACUAGGUUUUACUCUUUUUGGUAGAACUUUGCUUAAAGCAUUCAUAUUAAUGCAUUAUACAUACCUUCAUAAUGCGUUAUAAUGCAAUCACAAAUUAUUAUAAACACAGCUAUAGAUAUUUAUAAAAAAGCAUAAAACAUUAUACCCAUGUUUAUUAUGCAUUAUGAACGCUCUAUGAAUCUUUCAUCUAUAAUGCACUAUAAAUACCUCCAUAGUGCAUUAUAAUGGUCAGUACUAGAAUUACAUUAUGAAGAUAUUUACAGCUGUGUUUAUAAUACUUUAUGAAUGCAUUAUACUGCAUUAUGAGGGUAUGUAUAAUAUAUAAUGCACGUAUACGACUGCUUUAAGUACCAGUUUUUAUUCCCUCUGCAAGCACCUUAUGUACAUCCAUGAAAUUAUUCUUUAGUAAAUUAGACACAGAUUUCUCUUUUUGUGCUCUUUUUGCAAGCACUGCUAUGUUUUUGUUACGUCAACAGACAUCUUAAUAUUUGCAUUGAUCUCAGAUAGGUCCUAAAUGAUUUAAGUAGCUAGUUUGUUCAGCUUUUGCCAGUGCCUCUUCCUCGAAGGGUUAGGUCGUCUGUGAUCAGGCCUCGUACUCCGGUUGCAGUCGAUCUUCUGGAUCUUCGGCCGCUGGUUUUGCUAGUUUCAGUUUGUUAGUUUAGCUAGUACAUUAGCUGCCACACUGGGUUAAUCCCUGUGUUCAAAGAGAACGAAAUGUGUAUUUUUGUACCGAUUUUGACUACACUGCAGCAGCUUCAGACCAGUUCAAGAGUCACUGGUCUUUUUGAUUACUGCAGUGCAAAUAAUUGGCCCUGUUAAGUACUUGUCCAGCAAUGGAGUUUGGAUAGUGAUGUGUUUAUAGCCAAGGUUCAAUUACAGUAAGGAGAAAGGUAUUAAAUUGUAUAAAAUAAUAUAAAUACAUACUGAAAAAGAAUAUUAACUGUUUAGAGCAAAUAUAUACAAUUACAAUAUAGUUCAGCGGCAUUUGUAAUGAAAAAAGGGCAAAUGCUAUAUGACAGCGAAAAUGUUAUAUCGUUCAUUAAUACUGUACUGUGGGCAUUUUAUUUUGAAUAUUAUGAAAUGUAUCAAAUACAUUGGGUACAUUUAUGUGUACAUAUUGCAGGACUGCACCAGAAUAAUCUGUGCAAGAAGACAUAAAGUGCAGACAAUGUAUUGUGUUGCUACAAGAAUAUAUAUAUAUAUAUAUAUAUAUAUAUAUAUACACACACACACUAUAGGUAAUUCAGAGAUGUCACUCCACCUAAGAUCAUGUCUCACUGCAGUAGGAAACUGGAGCAGUGAGGGACAAUUUGCAGAAAACACCUCACUGAUUAGCUCUUAAGUGAUUGUCUCAGUCCGUUUUCUGUGACCAUGCCCCCCAUUUACUUCAGAGCUGUGAUUGGACAGUGAUUACAUUUCCUGUGGCGCAAUUUCAACUUGUACUUUUUGAGAAUGAAAAUUAGCCAAUGCAAAGAUGGCCGUUGCGUUUUGGUUGAUGUGGCACAUCGUUAAGUUGGGUAUAAUGUACACCCUUCUAAUUGUUUUUUGGAUGGUAGUUUGAACUCUUAAGACACAAAUCAAUAAAACAGUGGUCACGUUCUUUUCACGACACGCAGACAAA